CACCUAUCAACAUAACUACCAACGUGUCUUGGAAUGUUUAGAUAUAUCAAUGUCAUUGAAUACAUCCAAACCAAUGCUUCAACUGAAGUUAACAGCCUUACUGUCUACCGAUCUACUGGUUAAUAUCGGAAAUUUGUUUGCUGGCUCCAGAGACCAAGUCAGACUGGUGGAGGAUAUUUCCAGGUGUUUACAAGGAACCUGCUCCGAGGUUCUGGAAUUUAAGAUUUUAAAUCCAGAAGCUCGACUAGAACUGCAAGUGUUGAUGGAAAGACUGAGACAAAUAGGACAAACGGCGAGAGACAAAGGAGUCAGAAUAUUGGUAGAUGCAGAACACACCUAUGAAAAUCUGGGCCUCAGUUUGUUAACUCUAGCUAUGAUGGCUGCUUACAAUAGUACAACUUCCAUAGUGUGGAACACAUACCAAUGUUACCUGAAGAAGACAAUGGACAAUGUUAAGAAUGAAAUGUCAAUAGCACGGAGGCUGAAUGUUUACUUUGGAAUUAAGUUAGUUCGUGGAGCUUAUGUCUCUCAAGAAAGGGAUGAAGCUAAGCGCAUAGGAUUACCCGAUCCCGUUUGUGAAAAUUACAAAACAACAAAUGAUAACUAUAAUAGAGUUCUGAGUUUCUUGCUAGAUACAGCAAGCAGGCCAGGAGCAAAAAUAAACAUAAUGGUCGCCACACAUAAUGAGGAGAGCACCAAAUUAGCUGUGACAAGCAGGAUAAGAGAAUAUAAACUAGAUCGUCUUCAGGAUACUGUAGUCACGUUUGGUCAUCUACUGGGCAUGUGCGACCACAUUUCUGUAAUUCUAGCCCAAGCUGGAUACCAAGUAUACAAGGCACUACCUUAUGGUCCAGUAGAAAUGGUAAUGCCCUAUCUUGCUCGUAGAGCCGCUGAGAACAAGACUGGACUAAUGGGAGCUCGGAGAGAACAGCAGCUGUUGUGGGAAGAACUUAAGAGAAGACUGUGGAGGCAAUGCUCGUGUUGUGCAUGUUUCCCUUAUUAAAAAAUUCUGAGAACGUGCCUUUAUCUUCCAGUAUUAUGUUACAAAGUAAAGCUCUUGUGAAAUAUCAUCAUUUAUAAAUUUUAAUAAUCAAGUGUUAUUAUUUGAAUAGCUGUAUAAUAAAAACAAUGGCACCAUUUCAGAAUUUUUUCGGGGGGGGGGGACAAAACUGAAUCCUAAUUUCUACAAAAUACACGAACUGUUAAUGAAGUGGCACGUUUUGGAGUUUACACUUUAACUGUAAUAACUACGUAAGAGCCAGAGGGUUAUGAGGAACGAUUUGGUUUGGUUGUUGAGCUAUCUGUGAUGUGUCCACCACGGCUAUAGAAACCAAAUGUUUAGCGUCAUAAGCCUACAGACUUACUACCGAGUUACUGGAGUAACUAAAAAUAUUUUAAAACAUGUUUAUUGUUUUAUCCGUAAACAAAACUUUAAUUUUCAUGUUACAAGUUCUUUGUUUAAUCUAAAUGAGAACAGUCUGUUCCUGUUUAUAUUAAUUUGAAACAUCAUAUGGCGAAACGGAAACUAAUCUUGCAGGUAUAAUAAAUAAGAAGCACCUAGGCAACAUUUAUAAAGAAAUCGAUAACCAAACGUUUCGGAAUGUAUAAGUGAUCUUUAAAAUUAUAUAUAUAUAUAUA